AUGGCUAUGACCGAAGAGUUUUUGAAAGCUGAUAUAAAUAAUUCAUUUGCCUUUGUGCAGAAUAUAUCUGACUUUCUCAGUGAAGACCCCUUUUAUUUGCAAAGUUCUCCAUAUUUCUCUAAAAGUACAGAAAUAAUACUGGCCAUUAGCAUCUCACUGAUGGUUUCGGUUACAGUAAUUGGAAAUGGGCUAGUUAUUUUGGCAUUCUUCCUGGAAAAGAAAAUUAGAACACCAAGCAAUUAUUUCCUGCUUAAUCUGGCUAUCUGUGACUUUUUUGUGGGUGUUGUUUCCAUACCAGUGUACACUCCCUAUGUACUUUCUGGAAAGUGGACACUUGGGACAGUGCUUUGUAAAGUAUGGCUAAUAACAGAUUCCAUUCUCUGCCUUACUUCAGAAUUUAGUAUAGUCCUUAUCAGCUAUGACCGCUUUCUCAGUAUCAUUCAAGCAGUUGAAUACCAGAUACAACAAAGAGGAGCCAGACGUGUACUGAUUAAGAUGUCAGCCGUGUGGGUGAUAUCAUUCUUCAUUAGCAGCCCAUUUCUUAUAUUUGGGGAGUACCUAUUUGGUACUGAAUUUAUUCCGCAAGGACAAUGUUAUCUUCCUGUACUAAGCUGGAGCUUAGAUAUUACAAUAUCAGUUUGUACAUUUACUUUACCAUUUGUUUGUACUACUUAUUUCAGCAUUAAAAUAUACUGGAAUCUGAGAAAGAGAAGUAGGCAAAAGCAUAGACUGUUUAAUACCAUUGGAGUUCACUUGUCUCAUUAUGGGAAACAAAAUGGAACAAGAAAUGAUGGCACUGCUAACUCUUUAAAGCUGUCAAAGGAUAAAAAAAUAGCCCAGUCACUUGCUAUUAUUGUGUCUGUUUAUGGGAUCUGUUGGGCACCAUUCAAUAUACUGACGAUCUGCCGUACAUUUGAUAAAAGUAAAGUGAUUGAUCCUUUCUUGUAUGACAUUUCCAGCUGGAUGCUUUGGUUUAAUUCUUGCAUUAAUCCUGUGCUCUAUCCUUUUUGCCACAGCAGCUUUAAAAGAGCUAUUUUGAAAAUCCUUUGCUUAAAAAGAAACUGA